UCUGGUUUAGAAGAUGUUGAACUGUUCAUGUUAAACUUCAAAUUCUUUCCUUUCUGUCGUCGGGUGCAGGAAGUGCAGCAGCAGGCUGACAUUCAUGACUUUCACUCUUUAAUAGGGCUUUCUGACGGAGAUGGACAUUUAUUACUGAACUCGCCCAUUGUGGUAUAUAUCAGAGGUUUGCAGGAGGUCAGCAUGGAGUCGAUACGUCUUGCUUCUCUGUGUAUCAUCAUUCUUUGCCUGGUGAGGAGAAGCACAGCAGAACCACCAAGAAUACCAGACCACAUCCAGCCUACUGACAGGUUUUCAGAGCUUUGUACGAUUGAUAAGGUCCUAUGUCAGGAUGAGAACGCUGUGCUGAGUUUCGCAGCCAUCAGAAGCAUCCACAAGGAUAUGGAUGAUGACGCGAAUGGCAGUGUGGAUGUGACGGAGACAGAUGGGUUUCUCAGAGAGGAUCUAAAGUAUCAUGAUCCCAAGGCAAAACACAAGAGUUUCCAUGGAGCUGACCUGCAGAUUACUGUGGAGGACAUGUGGAACUCCUGGAAGGCCUCUGGAGCGUAUGCAUGGACGGUGGAGCAAGUGGAAGUUUGGCUAACUGAUCAUGUGAAACUGCCACAAUAUGUCGAGUCCUUCAGGAAGAAUAAGAUUAAUGGCCAAGCCUUGCCCAGACUGGCUGUGAAAAAUGCCACCCUGAUGCUGUCUGUGUUGAAGAUCCUGGACCGCAGUCAUGCUCAGAAACUGCAGCUUAAAGCUCUGGAGAUAGUCCUGUUCGACCAAGAGUUGAACUCGUACGGCCACUUGAAAGACUUGGUGCUGGUGGUGUCCAUUGUAAUCGGUGUAGCAGGCUGCUGGUUUGCCUACAUCCAGAACCGCAACUCGAGGGAUCACAUGGGCAAGAUGAUGAAAGACUUGGAGGGACUGCAGAGAGCAGAGCAGAGUCUUCUGGACCUGCAGCAAAAGCUCCAGAUAGAGCAGGACAAGCAACGCUCAGUGGAGGUGGAGAAGGUGAAUCUGGAGCAGAAGUUGCGAGAUGAGAUUAAUGAGGCUAAAAGUGAGGCUCAGAGACUCAAAAAGCUGCGUGAGGGCACAGAGAACGAACUGAGCUGUCAAAAAUAUGCAGAGGAGGAACUGGAGCAGGUGCGCACAGCUCUAAAGAAGGCAGAGAAGGAGCUGGAGUCAAGGUCCUGGUCUCCACCUGAGUUACUGCAGAAGUGGCUGCAGGUCACACAUGAGGUGGAGGUGCAGUACUACAACAUAAAGAAACAGAAUGCUGAGAAACAGCUUCUGCUGGCUAAGGAUGGGGCAGAGAAGAUAAAGAAGAAGAGAGGCACAUUGUUUGGGACGUUCCACUUGGCUCACAGCUCCUCACUGGACGACGUCGAUCACAAAAUCUUGUCAGCCAAACAGGCUUUAGGGGAGGUAACAGCAGCUCUGAGGGAGAAGCUGCAUCGCUGGCAGCAGAUCGAGUCUCUCACAGGUUUGAGCCUUGUAAAUAAUCCAGGCCUGUCCUAUCUGGCCUCAGCCCUCAACCUGGACCCUGCCUGCCUGGGGAUUAGAACUGCCCCUCCGCAGCACCUGCUGCUUUCUGACGAUCUGGAUGACAUGGACGAGGACAUUCUGUCCCCUGGAACUCUUCGCUAUGCCGCCUGGCAGAUGGACCGGAGUGUUAGCGACCUUUGGCCUGUGGCAUCAGAGAGCCUAUGGAAACAUUCUGCUUCCAGUGCGAUGGUGACGCGGCCACAUCACGCUGACCCUUCGCUGAGCUUUCAGAGGGAGCUGAACCACUCGGACUCGGACUCGUCUCUGUCUCUGUGUCAGUACAGCGAGGGUCAGCGUGGUACGUCCACAGAGCCGGGCAGUAGGUCCCCCCUCUCCCGACCUAACGGGGCGGGAUACGGCUCGACAGACAGUCCCAUCUUCCCAAAGAGGUCCUUCGGGAUGGAGAAGUGUGCCAGUUUGGGAGAGAUCCACACCCAGUACAGCGGCCUGAGCUCAGCCGCAUCCACACGCUCCCUCAGCACUUCACCAGUAGAUACAGACAGACCUGAAGAAGGGAAGAGCAGCAGAGGCAAGAAGAGCCCAGGGGACGAGGACAGUGGCUCCACAGGGGAGGACGCUGAUGUGUCCAGCUCCAGCCGCAAGAAGCACACCUUCACCAGACUCUUCCAGAAGCAGAAGCAGAAGAAACAGUAGUGAUGCAGUGAAAGAGUAAAAAGAUUUAAAUCUACUUCACAUUCAGAGAUAUUGUAUAUUCUAGAAAUAUUAGUACUGUUGCAAUAGGUAUAAGGGAACAUCUACUGUAUGAUUAUUUUGUUUUUAAUGAUUUGGUUUAUAUAGUGAUUGUCAUCUAAUGGGAACAAAAGUAUUAGCCUUGUGCAGAAAUGUGUGAUUUUUCUGUCAAAUAAUUUAUUUUACAGAUAUGGAUACUUUCUAUAUGGUCACCCAAUUUCUAUCCUAAAUAUUUGUUUUGUUUUUCUUUUAUUACAAGCUACAUGUGCCAUGUGUCUACAGGCGUGGAUACAGUAAAGACCACGAUAACAUUCACAGAUAUACUACAACAAUCUGUGCAUUUGGUGUACAUUUUAUUCUUUGUUGUUAUGUAUUUAUAUUUUCAUGUUUACACCAGAUAUACAGUAUAUGAGCACCAAAUGCUGAAACCGGAUGGAAAUGUUAGACUGCUUUAUUUUUGUUAAUCGCACAAGCACAAAUAUUCUACAACUCUUCAUAUGUGUAUUAAGCUUUAUUUUCUUUUUGUUUGGUGUGAGGAAGCCUGCUCAUGGUAGUGUAAACUCUGUGUAAACUCCUGUUCUUGGCAGAAAGCAGUGGAGCCUGUUGCAACAUGUCUUCCUUGAGUUUCGAUGUGUUGUGCAUGCUGAGAUGCUUUUCUGCUCAGCACAGAUGUAAAGAGUGAUUAUUUGAGUUAACGUUGCCUUUCUGUCAGCUCGACUGUCUCCGUUCACCUCUUGCAGAACAACUACUUGCUGGAUGUUUUUUCAACAUCGUGUGUAAAAUCUAUAGACUGUUGUGUGAGAAUCCCAGGAAAACAGCCAGCCUUGAAAUACUCAAAUCAACCUGUCUGGUACCUAGAACCAUGCCACGGACAGAGGUCAGAUUUUUCUCCGUUCUGAUGAUUUAAGUGAACAUUAACCGAAGCCCUUGGUCUGUAUCUGUAUGAUUUAAUGUAAUGCCUUGUCACAUUUGAUCAUUUACAGCUUUUUGCAGAUGCCCUUAUUAAGAUCGACCUUUUUUUUCUUUUUUUUUAAGCUCAUUUGGUACAACUGAGCAAUUCAGGGUUAAGGGCCUUGCUCCGAGGCCCAGCAAUAGUAGUUUGGUGGAUCUGGGAUUCAACCUCACAACCUUCCAAUUGAUAGAUUCACAACUUAACCACUAGGCUUCCACAUCUCUAGUCACCUUAUUACCACCUGGUUGGCUGAUGAGAUAACUGCAUGAAUCAACAGGGAUACAGGUGCUCCUUUAAUAGUGACAUGAUCUUAAAGACAUUUCGUUGAUAUGGAAAAGGAUCAGGGAAGCCUGUUUACUUAAAGCUCAAUUCUAAUAGGAUUUUUGAUUUCCUUCAGUGAAUAUUUAAAAUAAAUGACUACAUAAAACACAAUGCAAACUCUAAUAUAACAGUAAAGUAACAGUAAAAGUCCCAUAAACAGUGCGUUUCGAGUGAACCGGUUUUCUGUUCAGGCAUAUGUGUUAAAAUUCUCGCCCAGGCUAACUGCACAGGGGCACGGUCGCUUAGUGGUUAGCACGUUCGCCUCAUACCUCCAGGGUCGGGGUUCGAUUCCCGCCUCCACCUUGUGUGUGUGGAGUUUACAUGUUCUCCCCGUGCCUCGGGGGUUUCCUCCGGGUACUCCGGUUUCCUCCCCCGGUCCAAAGACAUGCAUGGUAUGUUGACAUGCAUGGCAUCUCUGGAAAAUUGUCCCUAGUGUGUGAUUGCGUGAGUGAAUGAGUGUGUGUGUGUGUGUGCCCUGUGAUGGGUUGGCACUCCGUCCAGGGUGUAUCCUGCCUUGAUGCCCAAUGACGCCUGAGAUAGGCACAGGCUCCCCGUGACCCGAGGUAGUUCGGAUAAGCGGUAGAAGAUGAUAACUGCACACACAUGGUGUAGCUUCAACAGGUGAUCAGGUUGAUAAACACCGGAGUAUUUAAGUUUUUAAGAGGAUGCAGGUACAUUUAGAGGCAGAUUCAUCAACCCUUCACAUCACACCUUUCUAAAUGUGAACUAAAAUGCAAAAUAUAAUAAAUCUAUUUAUUAAUCUAACUCUAGGUUUAGUAAAAUGCACUUGUAGUAAAAUUAUGUAGAUAAAAGUGUGUGUGUUUUGAAGGGAAAAGGAAAUUUGGGAUAUGGAGCAUUAUUAUUUGCAUAAAAGGUCAUGGUUUCCAUGAGGUUCAUCCUUUCCAUUAAAGCUCAGAUGGCGUUCUAGUGGAUUACGUCAAUCAUCAGGAUUUACAAUUUAGUCUAAGCAAAAGGGGCAAAUAGAAAAAAAAAAGUGUGACUUAAAUUCAUGUUAGUAUUUCAAAUAUUAACUCUUGUUACUGCCAGUAAGAAAUGUAAUUAUCAAAAUAUAAAAUUGUGUAUAAAAUAUAAAAUCUAUAUACACACAGUUAAGAAGAUUGUUGUGGACCAUUUCACCUUUAAAAUGAACAUUAAUUCUCUCACAGCUAGCCAUGUAGUUGUAUAAGAAAGUGAGCUGGCAGGUUUUUCUAUAGAGAACACACACACAUAUAUUCCUUCACCUGGCAUCAGGAGUGGACAUGUUUAAACGUGCCUUUGCAUCUGUCCUACCCAGUCGUUCAUGUAAUCAGACUGGCUUGAUCAAGCUGUAUCUUGUUGCUCAGACCUACUUUUUUCUUCUGUACGCUGCACUCUGUCUGACAGCCAACUACUUACAUCAGGUUAGUACUUUAAUUAGCCAAAUCCUUUAAUUGUCUUCAACUUUAACAAGUAUUUCUGUUAGUUUCAGUAUAUUCUAGUUUAAAUAUUAAGUUAUGCAAAUAUUUAUAGCACUGUUUUAGAGCAGUUCACAAAAUGUAAAAACAGUACGAUCCAGAAUUAGUUCUCAGACCCUUCUGGAAAAUAGCAUGAGUGUAGCAGUACAUCUGGUUUACUGGGACAUGGUCGUUACUCUGUAGCUGAGUGGAAAUCUUUCCUGACUGACGUAUGCUCCGAAUCCGCAAGAAGGAAUCAGUGCCACAUAAAUGCCAGAGGCAAAGUUUUGACCUACAGUCUGCACACAAUGACAGCUUGUUUGCAUGGAGUCUGAUGUAACACCACACUUAAGGCGGCGCUCUGCUCUGUGCAGCUCAUCGUAAAUCCAGAGAUUUCUCUGAGGCGAGACGCUCCAGGUAUGCCGAAUUUAGGCGUUACCCAUGGUUCGGAGUAAACAGACAUCAUGUCUGUGGAAAAGCCGAUGUAGCUUAUGCUGCCGAUGUGAACAGUGAAUGUCACUUCCCAGUGUUUUAAGAUGAAUUUUUAUCAUUUAAAACACCAGCUGGUAUGUUUUUAUUUCACAGCUACACUGUCUCUACUGAAGUAGUUAUUAUUUACUAAAGCUCUGAAAUACAGGUUAUUUAUCAGACAUCAUGGAACUGUAUCAGUGAGCAUAAAUCUCUGAAAUAAAUACGGAUCGUAUAAUACUGAAAUAAAUACGGAUCGUCUCCUUUAACACCUUACUUUGGAAAAAAAAACUGAAUAAAUUGCAUGUUGUUCUACUCAA